UUUGAGUGUGGGGAAGGGUGUGAGCGUGCGGAGAAGCCCUAAGAGUGGGGGAAUGGACCCCAAGGCCAGCCUGGAUGAGGUGUUAGCAGAAGCUGGCUGGGUCUGGACAGGAGGGGGUGGGCAGGGGGCGGGGGGCACCUUAUCUCUUGCAAGUGGGUGGUGCCGUUAGAUCUAGUUUCAAGGCUUUGUGGCUGAAACGGGAGCCCACGCCCGCCGCAGCUGGCCACCUGCCUCUCUCCUGACUCCCGUGCAAGGCCAGUAAUGCAACCCAGGAGGGAGCCGCAGGGCGCCCUGGGUCCCCCACUCCCUUCUCCGGCCACCCCGUGGCUGUGCAUAGCUGCCCAGCAGAGCCCAUGCAGGAUGCUGCAGCCGGAGGGCCCCCAGGCCUCGGAGGAGAGGGGCCCCCGGAGGAGAGGAGAGACUGCAUCAUCUGCUGCUCGGCCUAUGACCUCUCCGGGCACCUGCCCCGCCGCCUCUACUGUGGACACACCUUCUGCCAGGCGUGUGUGCGGCGGCUGGACACACCGGCGCCCGAGCAGCGCUGGAUCCCCUGUCCGCAGUGCCGUCAGAGCACGCCCACGCCUCGCGGAGGGGUGGCCAUGCUAGACCUGGACCUGGCUGCUUUCCUGGCAGUCAAGGCUGAGCGGGAGCCGGCAAGACUAGAACCCCUGCCCCUCACCUCCCUCAAAGGCAGCGCCAUCACUCAGCAGCCAGCUGGGCUGUGCCCUGCCCUGGGACCCCAGCCCCACUUCCCCCAGCCCAGAUACUGCUGCUGGGGCUGUGGCAGCCUCUGCUGCCCACCCCUAGGCAGCCCCGAGGUCUGA